UAAAAACAGCAUCACAGCACGAACAUUUGCCUUGCUUUUGGAAUUCUGGAAUUUCCCAUUUUUAAAAAUUAUCCGACAGCGGUGUGUAUAAUGUCGUAAUUAUUCUAAAUAUCGACAUUUUUGAUAGCCUCUAUAUAACUCGGUAGUUUCACUGUGGAAACCUGGUGGAUAUCAAUAGAUUUCACAAUUAUUAGCAACACAAAGAGAUUAUGAACUCAAAAGUGACUUAGACUACAGGAUACAUGUUAAAGUGAUGUCUUCCAGGGAAAAAUCCGGGGAAAUAAGAAAUAACUAUUAUCCCUGUGAGGUCCGAGUUUUACCCUGUGAUGACGAAGAAGAAGCCUCGGGUCAGCACAGAUCGACAUGGGGGCACCUGUGGGCGGAUUUUGUUUCCUCCACUACUCUCCACGGGAUCCGGUACAUAUUCUACCAGGAAACCUAUAUAUUACGAAGGUUGCUGUGGACAGUAUUGAUGUUGUUUUGUAUUACCUUGAUGUCGUAUCAGAUUAUAGACAGAAUCAUGUACCUACACAGUAAUCCCGUCAACGUUAACGUCAAAAUCAACUACAACCAAUCACUGACCUUCCCCGCCGUUACUAUCUGUAACCAAAACGCAUUCAAAGCUACAACUGCAGCCGAGAGGAAUUGGUAUCGUCUUAUAGAGACUAUGUACAAUGGAAGCUCGAAAUCUUUCUCACAGAGGGACCUAGACAGGUUCCACGCCUCCACUCUGACAUUCAACCAACUCUUCCAGCAGGCCUCUCACAGAAAAGAGGACAUGAUUGUAAGUUGCCGAUGGGCGGAUUUACCUUGUGGACCCAAAAACUUUUCAGAACAGCUGACGGACUAUGGCAACUGUUACAGAUUCGUGGCUCCAGAGAAUUCCAGAUCUACAGGUGCAGACAAUGGCCUGAAGUUGCUGUUGAAUGUAGAACAGUAUGAGUACAUGCCAGGACCUAAUGAAGCAGCCGGUGUAAAAGUACUCACUCACGUAAAAAACGAUCACCCAAGGGUCCGUGAGCUGGGCAUCGCUGUACCCACGGGGACACAAGCAUUCAUAGGUCUUCAAGUCAUACUAGUGCACAAUCUAGAGAAACCCCACGGUCAGUGCCAGUAUAAGUCUUUGAAGUUCUUCCCCCAUUACUCGUACGAUUCCUGUUUGGUGGAAUGCUACACGGAGGUGUCUGCUAGACGGUGUGGAUGCCGAGAUUACUACAUGCCCAGCCUAAACGGUUUUCCUCCUCCUUGUGACCUUGAGCAAUAUUUUACAUGUCUUAAACCUCUCUACGAUGAUUUUUCGCUGUGGUUAGAGAGCUGUGAUUGUCCUACCGACUGUGAUUACACCAUGUAUGACCCCGUCAUGUCAUAUGCAACAACGUCAGAAUAUGCAGGUCAGAGGUUUAUGGACAAAAUAAACGUAACAACUCUCAACUCAAAGCUCAAACGAGCGCGGGAAAUUACACAUCGCAUGGACGCACGAAAACUAGAGACAUUCAAAGAAAAAGUGAAACAAAUGGAAAGAACUUUUGUAGACGUAAAACAGCUGAUCGAAGAAACUAUUCAGAAGCAUAUUAUGAAUCAAAUUGGGAAUGUAACAGAACAUUACAAGAAUGCCAUCAGAGUUACGAACAGAAGAAUACUACUGUUAAGAUUUCAAAUCUAUAAUGUUCAGAAAAACUUUAUGAGGGGGAGGGACGCCAUGGAAGAACGAACACUCUCCCAUUUGUGUAACAGUUUCCAUGAGUUUGUGUUUGCCUACGAGACAAAUCUGCGAAAUUUGAUCACGGAGAAUGAUACAGCAAUAAGAAGAACAUUUUAUGUGAGCACAAUUAAUAUGGUAGACGUCCGGACAGAGAACGCUAAGAGAGCACUCGCUAACUUCACAGUUCUGUACGAUGCCUAUGUGACAGGAACGCCAAUAUUUAGAUACAAAUUCCAGAAGUUUGCAAGACGUUAUAAUAAUUACAUUGUACCCAGACCACUACUGAACGAGUCCACCUACCACAACCCGUAUGCGAGAAGAUACAGUGUAAAACUGGGAGAUGACAUCUUGAGCAUCAUGGAUGCGCUGUCAAGCUACAGAAACUUGACUUGGGAAGUGUUUAGCGAUGCGUCUCUUAAUAUCACAAAAAUGAACCUUGUCAGUGGGAGUUUUAUAGAUGCAUGUGAGAAAUUUUACCACACAAAAAGUACUCUGUAUUAUGAGACGGUGGAUAGACCGGAGAGAAUUCUCAAAAAGAGGCUAGAACAUACGGAGAAACAGAAAGCUGACUUGAUUAAAAUAAAAUCUAGUAUGUUGAACACUCUCGAGGAUCUACAGAACACGUCCAUAGAAAUGAGAGGUGGUGUUUUGGUCAGAAUGGAAUCCAUUUUGCAGGCGACAUUUACAUAUUUUACAUACAGUAAUCGUUCAAAAAUAUCAGUUAGCGAUUUAUUUCACUCCAACGAAUUUAUAUCUGACAUUAGUCAACUGAGACAGUUUCUGCAAGAGAUCGCAACUCGUGGUGCCCUUCUGUACGACCGGUGGCUAUCAUUGGCAACCAGAGUGAAACAUAUUUGGCAAGAUAUAAUUAAAGAUCGCGAUUUGAAGGAAUACUACGAAUUCAAAAACUAUACAAACUUUCUAAGGGAUUUAGAAGACGUGAAAAAUGAAAUAGAUAGCGACUUCCGACACGUGCGUGCUAAGGAUGACAUUCGGUUCAUUGUUGGGAAUAAAGACGUUUUGUUAUUUGAUGCAGUGGGAAACUUGCAAAGAGAACUGCUGAAAUUUCAAAAAAGCACGAUAUUUGAUGAGGAAGUCUUGAAGAAUAACUUUCUGGAGCUAAAUAUAUUUUACAGACAGUUGAGUUAUGAAGAGAUUACACAACAAGAGGCCUAUGAUAUUUUUGCCUUGCUUUGUGAUAUCGGCGGAUCCCUGGGCCUGUUUAUCGGGGCCAGUGUUAUGACUUUAUUUGAGUUGUUUGAUCUCUUUGGAACGUACAUAGCGGAUAGCAAAACGAGGAGCAAAAAAAAUGUCAAAAUAAACCAGUGAUUUUUUU